AACGGAACCCAAAAUCCCACCAGACGAACUUAGAUUUAGUUUAAAGCGUAAUAUCAUCUCUUUAGUAAAAUCCAGUUUAAUCGCGACAUUAAAUAACAAGAUUUUGCACCGAAAUGGUUUAUAAAUUGUAUAAAUAUUUGUAAAUACGAUUAUAUAAACAAAAAAACGUCUAUACAGCACACGAAGGUAAAAAUCCCAUACCAAUUAGGAAAAAUAUAUAUAAGAGUAACUCAGCUUUAAGUCUGUUUAAUCAUGUGAACUUUCUUCAAAAGAUUCAAAAAAAAAAAAAGAAAGAAAGAAAAACUUUAAUGUUGAAAAAUUCUAUAACUUCAAAAGGAUGAUGAUAAAGAAGGUAUAAACGUUACAGCAAUGGUUAUAUCCGUCUAUAGUCCAGGUGCAGGGCAAUUUUCCUCUUGUUUUUGUAUUAACAGAUGUCCCAUUCUGUUUCAAGCAUAAGGAAGUAAGAUAGAAUAAUUUUUGAAAAAUAAGUUGUUUUAGUGGACUGUAUAACACUAGACGGAUUACAGUUUGAUCCAGUACCGCGUGACGUCACAGUUUUUAAAGGGGAGAAUGCCGUUUUAGAAUGCGGCGUCACACGCCGACAUCACAUUACCAUUUAUUGGACUUUGAAUGGCGAAACUAUAGAGAACAAUACGAGAAGAUACCAAGAAGACACAAAUCUUCGCAUACGUCGAGUGGAUCCGCAACACGAUCUAGGUGAAUUCAAGUGUAUCGCCAUGAAUGUUACGUCCGGUGUUUCGUUGGCCAGUCCUCCGGCUCAGCUCAACAUCUUGUGGAUAGGAGACUCUGCUAAAGUUCAGCUGCACAGUCCCUAUAAUUUAGAAGAAUUGAGCGAAGGCGACGAAUUAGUUUUGAGGUGUAAGGUGGAAGGAAGUCCAGAAAUAUCGUUCGAAUGGUAUCAUAACGGUAUAAGGCUCUUCAGGAACGAAAGAGUUUCUUUUAGAAACAAACGUCUGCACAUUGCUUCGCUAUCGCCUCAAGAUAACGGAAUAUACUCGUGCAGAGCCGUCAACAAAGCCGGUGCUGCCGAAAGCGAAGAAAACUUUCCACUCAUUUUACCAAGCAAAAACGCUGCGAGAAUCGUGCAACUACCCAAAGACGUUAUUGUAAAGAAAGGUAAAAACGUACAAUUUGAUUGUGUGUACGAAAAUGCGGCAGUCGUCGAAUGGUACGUUCAGAAUAAGGAUGUCCCAUUGGUUAACGGUACCAGAUUCACCAUAUAUUCUAAUGGAACUCUGUUUAUUUCCAAUGUCGGCGACCACGACGAAGGUAUCUAUCGGUGUGUCGGCAUUAGCGCUCUUAGCAAAGAUGCACCACAGCAGACUUAUAUUGCCCAUCUGUAUAUUGCUUAUAUUAAACUCGAUAAUACAAAUGCCUUUGAACCUCAAGUACCACCCGGUGAAAUUACCAUCGUGCCACGAAAUGAUAUGUAUGAAGUGACUUGUAUUAGAGUGGACGGACGUCCUAAAUCCAAAAUGUGGUGGGAAAACCCAUCUGGGCACGUCAUCAGCGACAGUGGCAGAAUACGAGUCGACGACACGCGUCUCAUCAUCAGCAGCGCAAAAAGAAAUGAUUCUGGUAAUUACACGUGUGUAGCAGAAAAUAUAGCCGGAAGAAUUAAAAAUUUUAUAAAUUUACAAGUCACAGUACCUCCCACAAUUACAAUGGAUCCAAUUAAUAUACUAGUUGAUGAAGGAGAUACUGUUUCUUUAAACUGUCAAUACGAUGGUAAUCCACAUCCUAUAACCACUGUAAGAUGGCUGAAGGAAGAUAAAUAUGUUAAAGAAGUUGGGACUCAUUACAUUGUUCAUUCAAAUAAUGGAUCUUUGACAAUAAAAAAUAUUGUUUUGUCUGAUUCUGCUUCAUAUUUUUGUGAAGUAUAUACAAUUGGUUUUGAACCCGUUCGUUCAAACAGUGCUUUUGUCGAUGUAAAAGAGCAAUUGAAAUUUGUCCCACCACCUGUUAGUAAAAACUUAGAGCUCGGUUCCACUGCUAAAAUUUACUGUAAAGCUCGUGGUGCGACUGUACCAACGGUUAAAUGGAUCAGGGAAGGACGACAAAUGUUCGAUUGGCCAAAGCACAUACAAGAUGAAAAUGGUACUCUGCAUUUUAAUGGAGUUAAAACUGAAGAUGCUGCUAAAUACACUUGUAUUGCAACUAAUUCACAAGGCAUUAUUAAUACUACUAUAACAGUUGAUGUGAUAGUGAUGCCCACAUUUUCAAUUCAACCAACGGAUACUGAAGCUUACGAAGGUUAUCCUGUCAUACUGGAUUGUAAAGCUUCUGGUGAUCCUCCUCCCACCAUUCAGUGGGAUAAAAAUAAUGCUUUAAAUGGAUUUGACAAAAAACGCUUUCGUGUAAUGGAAAAUGGAAGCUUAUAUGUGUCUGAAGUUCACAUGGAUGAUCAUGGUAAAUAUGGUUGUACUGCUGGAAAUAGUGGUGGAUUCCGAAGAACUGAAGUUAACUUGACAGUAAAAAGUGCAGAAUAUUACAAUCCCAAUCUGUUAGGAAAGGAAGAUCAAGCAGAAAACACAAUGGCGAAAACAGUUGCAAUUACUCUGGGAGCUGCCGCAGUUUAUAUGAUUCUCGUUUUAGGCCUUAUGAUUUGGUGUAGGUAUCGGAGAAUAAGACGUAAAGCAAUGCUUUUAGCUCAAGCAACUGCAGAAGUUGCAAAAUCAGAAAAUGGAGACAUUCCAGCAGAUACCGAAAUGAAGGAUAGAACCGAUGCUUCCAAACCUCGUGAAUAUAAAGAUAACGAUGUGCCAAAAAGUGACGGUGAGAUGCAUUCUCAUAGCUCUGGUUCUCAUUCUAAUCAAUCAAAACGUAACAGAUCUUCAUAUGAUAAAUUAAAUAUACCAAGAAGUGAAUUGCAGACAAUGAUGUUACUUGGACACGGAGAAUUUGGCGAAGUUUUCUUGGCAAAAACUCAGAAUGCUUCUAAUAGCGAACAGGAAUCUAUCGUUAUGGUUAAAGCAUUGCAGACUCGUGACGAAAAUAGUCAUUUUGAAUUCAAGAGAGAAUUAGAUAUGUUUAACAAAUUGCAACACGAAAAUAUUGUGAAACUGAUAGGAGUUUGCAAAGAAUCCGAACCAUUUCUUGCCAUUACAGAAUAUAGCGAUUGGGGUGACUUGAAACAGUUCUUGCUGGCCACUCGAAAAGACAGUUCCAGGAAAGGUCCGAAACCUCCGCCUCUUUCGACCGCCCAAAUAAUCGGCAUCUGUCACCAAGUGUCGCUGGGUAUGGAAUAUUUAUCUAAUCAUCGUUUCGUUCACAAAGACAUUGCAACUCGCAAUUGCCUCGUCUCGUCGCGGCUCAACGUAAAAAUCAGUUCGCCGAGUCUGUCUAAGGACACGUACGCUCAAGAAUACUUCAAAUACCAAAAUAAAGUAAUACCUUUACGAUGGACUUCCGCCGAAGCCGCGCUGGAAGACGAAUGGUCCACCAAAAGCGACGUCUGGUCGUUCGCCGUUCUGGUGUGGGAAGUCUUGACCCAGGCCAAUCUUCCGUUUUCCGACAAAACCGACGAAUCGAUAUUGCAGUCGCUCAAACAACGGGAACUGACGUUGUUACCGCCCGCCAACACACCGGAAUCCCUGGUAGAAAUAUUGCAGAAAUGUUGGCUUUGCAACCCCAAAGAGAGACCGUCGUUUAGUGACAUUGCCAUGCGAAUCGGACAGACGAACGUCGACAGUCACGUGUGAUACGAGUCCGGCGACCGCUCUUAUUUUUUCGCCAUUUUUAUCUUUUUACUUGUUUUGUACCGCGCCACGGCCACCGUUCCGAAAUGCAAUUGGUGCUUGCGACCGAAACCGGUCUUUAGAGUUUACGCACCGCUCCACGGUCAGCAAUUUUAAGAUUCGAAUUCGAAAACGAAUCUUUAAGAAACGAAAAAAAAAAAGAAUCACGCAUUAUAUUUAUAAAACCGAAAACCUUUAUCUUUUUUAAUUGGAACCACACGAAACAUUUUUUAUAAUACUCGUAACACUGCCAUUUUUCGGUAUCUAUCCACGCAGUAUUUUAUUUUGGACCACGUAUAUUAACGUGUUAUGUCUAAGUGUGCUUUAAUAUAUUUAUUGUUUAACAAAAUUUAUAUUGUUAUUUGCAAUUUUAUACGAGGAUUUUUUUAUAUAAUCUUUUUACAUUGUGAAAGUCUUAUCAUUUUGUGACUAGUCAUGCCAUCGAAAUCUGCUUAGAAAUUUUAAGCAUCAAUAUUCCAAGCGAUAAAUGUCAAAGUGCAUCAUUUAGUUCGAAUCUGUUAUGUGGUUUAUAAAUGCAAUUUAUGUGAUUUUGGUAGUAUAUGUGAUAAUAAAUUGUCAGUUU